AUGGCAGAAGACUCUGAGUUGUGGGAUGUUAUAUGUGAUGGUCCAUAUGUCCCAACAAAGAAGGUUGGAGACCCUCCAGUGACGAUGCCAAAGACCUGGAAAGAAUACAACGAUGCAGAUAGGAAAGCUCUGGAGAAGAAUUUUUGUGCCAAGAAAAUUUUGGUGUGUGGCAUAGGACCUGAUGAAUACAACAUGAUCUCAGCUUGUCAAUCCGCCAAGGAAAUAUGGGAAGCUUUGCAAACAGCACACGAGAGAAUCACUCAAGUAAAGCAAUCUAAGAUUGACAUGCUUACCACCGAGAACAAGCUCGUGAGGAAAAUUCUUAUUAUCCUACCUAGUUUAUGGGAAAGUAAGGUGAAUGCUAUCACUGAAGCAAAGGACCUGCAGGAGCUGACCAUAGAUGAGCUAAUUAGAAAUCUGAAAACCUACAAAAUGAAGAAGAAGGUAGAAAGUGAAAGCAGAGAACCAAAUAAGAAGAAGAACCUGCAAGAACACUUCAAAUACAACCCUGAUAAAACAGCAAAGAGGAACCCGGUUCCUGACAAACAUUUCAAAAGGAAAAGAUUUGCUGAUAAUGUUGUGAAGCAAGCUCUUGCAGCACGGGGAGAUUCCUCCAGUGAGUCUGAGGAAGAAACUAGUGCAGAGGAUAAAGAUGCCUUGACCUUAGAACUAGGAGAAGCUGAACAAACUAGAGAUGAUUUGGUAGUGUGUGUAGUUGAUCUGAAGGAAACCAUAAGCAAUUUAGAGAAUGAAAAAAUGGUUCUAACUGAAAAAAUUGCUAGUAUAGAACAUGAAAGAGAUGAUUUGGAACUUGGAGCUGAGUGUAGGCCUGGAAAUUCUGAUAAAAGGAAAGAGGUAGCUAGUGAGGCACACAUUAAGCUUGAAAACGAGUUAAAUGCUCUGAGAACUAGUUUGUGUGCUGAACUUGAGAAAAAUAGGCAGCUCCAAGCAGAACUAGAAAGAGUAAAAAAUGAUCUUGAGAAGUCCCUUAAGUGGACGUGGUCCUCGAAAGCUAUUACUGCCAUAAGACUGGAGCAUGAAAGCUUUUCUCUACUGAAUAAGCUAGUUCAGAAGGACCUGGUUCGUGGUCUGUCCAAAUCAAAGUUCAUGGAGCACAAAGUUUGUGAUGCCUGCGCCAGAGGGAAGCAUGUGAAAUCUUCAUUUAACCAAAGAAGGAUAACAAAAGAUGAAACUUUUGAAGUUUUUGUAGCAUUUGUGAAGAAAAUUCAGGUGAAGAUGGAUUCAAAAGUAACCUGCAUAAGAUCAGAUCAUGGGACAGAAUUUGACAAUGCCAAGUUUGAUGAUUUUUGCAACGAGAAUGGCAUUACCCAUAACUUCUCCGCCCCCAGAACUCCACAGAAAAAUGGAGUUAGAAGUAACAAGGGUGCUCAAGAUGGAGAGCCUUUGUCAGUUCCAGGUGAAGUCAUAGAUAUGGCAAACGGAAAGGCAGACAUGAUGAGUCAAGUAAAGGAGCCAAGUGAAGAUAAUGGAGUUUCUUCAGCUGGAGAGGAACCAGGUGCCACAAUCGCAACCACUAAAGCUGAAGAAAGAGUGGUUGAUGCAAUUCAAGGUACUCCACAGGUUGCUGAGAGAAGAAUGUAA